UGCGCAUAUGCACAGAAGCGGUUCUCUUGCUCCUUUUCCUGUGGUAUCAAAAAUCAACAAAGAAAAGAAACGACAAUGAGAGGCUUUGGUAGAUUAAUGAAGCGGGCUAUCACCACCACUACUGCUUGCCGUUUAUCAGCUCGUCGUGCUAUACACCUUUCCUCUGCAAACCAAACGAUGUCGUCUUCUCUCCAUCGUGAUAACCACAUAUCUGAUUUCAGAUCAUUAAGGUCUUCUUUGCUCCCACAACCACGGACCCACUUCACAGGGCAGAGGAGAACAAUGUUUAUACAGACUCAAUCCACACCGAAUCCGUCGUCACUCAUGUUCUAUCCUGGGAAGCCUGUUAUGGAAGUUGGGAGUGUUGAUUUUCCUAAUGCUCGUGCUGCCUUGAAUUCUCCAUUGGCUAAAUCUCUUUACGGAAUUGAUGGAACUACUCGGGUUUUCUUUGGAUCUGAUUUUAUCACUGUGACAAAAUCAGAUGACGUGUCCUGGGAUUUGCUAAAGCCUGAAAUAUUUGCAGCUAUAAUGGACUUUUAUUCUUCUGGUCAACCAUUGUUUCUAGAUUCAGAAAUUGCAGCAUCAAAGGACACCGCAAUUCAUAAGGAUGAUUCAGAAACGGUAGCAAUGAUCAAAGAACUGUUGGAGACUCGUAUUCGGCCAGCAGUGCAAGACGAUGGUGGAGAUAUAGAAUAUCGGGGAUUUGAUCCAGAAACAGGAAUAGUCAAAUUGAAAAUGCAAGGAGCGUGUAGUGGCUGUCCAAGCUCAUCAGUAACUCUGAAAUCUGGAAUUGAAAAUAUGCUGAUGCAUUAUGUAUCAGAGGUGAAAGGAGUGGAACAAGAAUUAGAUGCUGAAGACGAGGAUGCAGCAUUAGCCGGUCAGACUGAAUAGUGUAAUAUCCUUUUCUUUUCUUUUUUUUUCCCCUGGUGUAGUUUAUUCAGAUGCAUGCAGGGAAAGAAAAAGAAAAAAAGGAAUUUUGGCUCUUGUACAGGAGAAAAUAAUGUUUGCUGGCUAUAUUUGCUCUAUUAUUGGUAGAGUAUGUCACAGUCCCUGUAACCUACGCUUGCAAAUGAAUGUAGAGCUGUAUGAAUAUUGUAGCAAGUGCAGAAAAGAUUUCUGGCACGUUUUAUUAAACUCCUCCGCCAUGCACGAAGCUAUAAAAAUAUUGGAUUUCGAGCUUA